AUGGAACAAGAUUUAACAUCAAGUCCAGUAGGAACUCCUCCGCUUCAGCAGAUUCCACAUGAAGACUCCUUGCCUAAUAUCGUCAAUAUUAACCAAAUGGUGACUCCUGAUCUUUCUUUUGACUCGGGUGCAAGCUCCAGUCCAGCUAUUCCACCACGCUCAGCUCGUCAUGCUUCUCCAUAUCGUUCUUUAUCAUCUACUUUAAACAAGAAUAAUGCUUCCAGUACCUCCCUUAAUCCUACCCAGCGCUCACAUACACCUCCUGCAGUAAUAUCUACACCUGCUUCUACUUGGCAAUCUUCUAUUCCAUCUUUUUCGGAAAACCAGCAACUUCCAACUGCUGCUUCACCAAGUAGUACUGUAACUGUAGCAUCUUCAAGCAACAGUAGCCCUAUUAGACGCAUAAGUGUUGAUGUCACGUCAAGUUCACCAUCCCACCGCAAUUCCCAAGUCACUGUUCAAGCCUCAAGCUCUCCAAAUAAAUCUAUUACUGUUUUCGAUUCUUCAACACCAGUACUGUCGUCUAGUUCACAUAAUAGAUGCAUUUCACAACGCACAGUCCAACCUUUGGAUCAUUCGAUUUCUUCUCCAACUUUCAAUUCUUCUAAAACUACCGUAUAUGGUGACCCAUUAAGCACGCAAAAGUCAACAUUGUCUAACAAAAAUAAGUCUAAUUCUCAGAAUCAUUCUUCCAAAAGGACAGACCAGACAAAUAUUUUUAAUACCCAAGAUAUUCAAGCACAAUUAUCACUUUCUCUUAAUGACUAUCUAUACUAUCGCGGAUUUCUACGUGGAGAAGGUUCAGAUGUUACAGUUCGUUGCUUUAAUCGUAACUUUAAACUUCACAAAUUCAUUUUAAGUCGCAGUCCUUAUUUUUCAUCUUUAUUUUCUAGCUUUUGGGAGUCUUCGUCACAGUCUUCUCCUGAAAAGAAGCCCAUACACACUCUUAGUAUGGACCAUGAUGAAAACAUUACUGAAUGUGCUUUUGAACUUGCUAUUUCUCGUCUCUAUGGCCACGAAGAUAUUGAAGAAGAGCGAAAAAAUAUUUUUGGCUUAUUUGCCGUUGCAAACUUUUUGGAUCUUCCCUCACUAGUGGAUAUUUGCGUUACUGAAAUUAUCAGUCGCAUUUCACAUACUACUGUUGCCAAUAUUCUUCAUUUUUUUCACAAACGUAAUUAUGGAGAAGCCUCGAAAACUAUUGUCGAAGCUUGUAAAAACUUUUUAUUUGCAGAAGGCUAUGAAAUGUCUUUUGACCUAUGGAUGACAAUCCCAAAUAAAGUCAUUGCCGAGGUUGUUGGUUCAGACGCCUUUUUUGUGCCAACUGAGUGGGAAAGAUGCCAAUUUCUUAUUCAGAUAAUUAAUUUACGAAUCCUAAAUGCUAAAUCUUGUUCGGAACAAAACGAAACCGAUAUAAAAGAUACCAAUAACCUUGACUCUGAAGAUAUGGCUGCUUUACGGUCUACUCUUGAUCAUGAUAUUCGAUAUUGUCAUAUGACUUACGAUCAGUUGGAGGCUUUAGAACAUACUCGAGACGUCAAUAAUCAUUUAAUUAUUUCUCGAGUAGUACUUCGAGAGGCUUUGUGGCUUCAGAUUGGAUUAAAGCAAAAGGUAAUACGAGUUUCUGAUGACUGCACUGAAUUAGGUAUUGUACGCGAAGUUCCUGCGGGAAAGCUUUACGGAUAUGACGAUGAAGAUGAAGAAGAGGAUUCUUACAGCGACGAAAACGACGAUCUCAAGAACAACGAGAUUGAUUCCCGGUCUUUGGGUUCUUCUCCUACAGCCAAGGUUAAAAGAUUUGAUAACGAGUCCCCAAAGCGUAGUGGUGAUACAUCUGCUACGACUGAAAACAGUUCGUUUAUUUCUGAUGAUGAAGAAGAUGUGACUUAUUAUUCAAUCCCCAACGCUGAUGAAACCUUAGAUGCCCCCUGGGAUCGUGUUAAAAAUCAUCUUGAUCAGCCCACCAAAAUUACAAAAUUUCCUCCUUUUCGGUUUGCCGUUAAAUUCAAUGAUGCCACUCUUUUGGAGAAUGACCGCCGAGUUUAUUCUCAUACAUAUUGGUAUGCCGGAAAUUUUUGGAAUGUAUAUCUUCAAAAGGUGGCUUAUAAGAAUAAACAUCAGCUUGGCGUUUACAUUCAUCGCAGUCCUCCCGAUUCCUUUAUUGAUCCAAAUUUAAGGGUUUCUUCUAACUCUGCGCUAACUACAUCUUUCAUUAAUCCCUUAAAGUAUGGGGUAUCUAAUACGGGGCUUGGAAAUGCAUUUGUUUCUUCCGAUUUCAGACGUCGGUCUAUGGGCACAUAUCCAGGUGUUUCAUCGACUCUUGGAAGAAUUGAUGAUACACCUGUGGAUCUUCGUGCUGGUGCUGGCGCUGGCGCCGAAGUACCUCUAAAUUCUAUCAUAAACGAAUCAUUUUCCGAAGGUGUUAAUUCUGCAGCCGCCGCCGCAUCAAACAAUAUGCUCAAUCUAUCAACCAUGAUUUCAGCUAACAACUCAAACACCAGAAACAACGGUAUUGGCGCCGCAUCUUCUUCCUCUUCUGUUAUUUCAAACGGCGUUCCAUCAGAAAUUCCCCAAGAAGAAAAUUUGGGUGAAAUCAGUAACAUGAACACAAACAUAAAUCGUGAUGUUGCUUUGGCAUCUUUGGAACAUGGGGGUAAUGAUGCUCAGAUUUUUGACACGCUUCUUGAAAAUCUCAGCUUACGGAAUGAGACUGCUGAAAACGGAGUCGGUGCUGAGCUAUCUCAGGAUACUAUCAAUGUUCUUUCAUCUCUUUCUCUAGCUAAUGCCGAAAAUGUCGGCGAUCUUACUAUGAUUCAUCAGCAAAUCAUGUCUACACCAGUAAGCUCUCAGCUUAAUUCUUUAUCCGGAUUUCAAAAUAAACCGGGGUUUGUUUUAUCUAAGCAAGCUCAAGUCCCUGAGUACAUUGACAAGCGGAAAAAGGUAUCUGCAUUUUUUGAAAUUUAUACCCCGUCAAGGAAAGGCCACUCGUCUCUUACUUGUUUCUCUUCCACUCCAGAUAUGUUUAACAUUUCUCAAAGCUGGGGAUGGAAAUCUGCAAGUUUGUAUUUGAAGGCUGAGGAACUUAAGAAAGGAGGAAAAAAUGAUGGCCUUAAGUUUAUGGUAUCGAUUGGUCUUGUUUAA